AUGAAUGUACAAGAUAGGAGAAGACUUUUAGGUCCAGCAAACGCUAAACCCAUAGCAUUCAGUGUUCCUCCAAAGGAUGUGGAAGAAUCUUCAAAGGAAAUUGGUAAUGAACAUUUGAUAUCGAUGCAUACAGGAUUGAUAGAAAAUUGUAACGGUUCCUCACUUGUUGAAGUCAAAGAUACAUCUGUAUUACUCCAUCAAAGUUCCCUAAUAACUUCAGUAUACGGUCCCAGGGCACUUCGUGGAUCAUUUACAUCAAAUGCAUCGUUAUCUAUACAGUUGGAAAAUGGUUCCCUAGAGAAAUAUAGCAAUUCCCAAUUGAAGGAGGUAUCAAAUUUCUUAACAGGCAUAUUCAAUUCUGUGGUAAACAGAUCGAGGUACCCAAAAUCCGGUAUUGAUAUCUUUCUAUACCUGACUUAUGAUAAGGAUUUAAAUUCUGAUGAAUCCAAGAUGGGACAUUUAUCUUCUAUCAUUCCAUAUUGCAUAACGGGGAUUACAUUAGCAUUGGUAGAUGCAGGGAUUGAAGUUUUAGAUAUGGCUAGCGCUGGCGUUCAUGAUGGUAAUGUUUUUGCAUUUUUGAAGAACGGCCAAGAAGUAGCAGGAUUUUGGAAAGACGAUGGUAAAUGUGAGAACAUUAUGGAAUCGUUAGAGCCCUGUAGGAAAGAAUAUUUCUCUUACAGAGAAUUAAUGGUUAGGCACUUGAUGGAGAAGCAAGCAUCGAAAGUAUAG